UAACCUGCAUAACCUACAAUUUUCAUUGAAUUGCAAGUGUAGGAUAUAUAUGUAGGUACUAGGUACCUAUAUUUAAAACGAAAAAAAAAAAAACUACACAAAAACUAUUCAAUAUGUCUAAGAGAUUAUUAAGUGAUUAUGAAAGUUUCAGAAAAGUGCUAUCUGAAUCCAAGAAUAUUGUGGCUCUAACAGGUGCGGGAGUAUCUGCUGAAUCGGGAAUCCCUGUUUUUAGAGGGAAAGGAGGAUUGUGGAGAACUCAUAGAUCAGUAGAUUUAGCAACUCCACAUGCUUUCCAUGCCAAUCCGUCAUUAGUGUGGGAAUUUUAUCAGUACCGAAGGAACAUUGCAUUUAAUGCACAACCAAAUGAUGCUCACAAAGCCUUAGCCAAAUAUGAGAAAAUUUGUAGAGAAGAGGGUCGUAUAUUUAGUAUAAUUACUCAAAAUGUUGACGGACUACAUCAAAGGGCUGGUUCAGAAGAAGUUAUAGAAUUACAUGGAGCUUUACAUAAAGUAAUUUGCACAAAAUGUAAAUUAGUCGACGAAAAUUUUGAUGAUCCUAUCUGUGAAGCUUUGCGUAAUAGAGGAGGUCCUACAAUGUCAGAUCAAGAUCUUCCUACGAUAGAUAAGAAGGAUCUUCCUAAAUGUAAAAGGUGCCAGGAAUUGUUGCGGCCGUAUAUUGUAUGGUUUGGAGAGAAUUUGGAUCCUAAAGUAUUACUUCAAACCAGAGAACUCGUAGAAAAUAAAUGUGAUUUGUGUUUGGUGAUUGGUACAUCUUCUGUGGUGUAUCCCGCAGCUAUGUUUGCUCCAAUUGUAGCAGAAAGAGGGAAAAUGGUUGCGGAGUUUAAUCUGAAUGAAAAUCCAGCAAAUGAUCUCUUUACAUUUCAUUUUCCAGGUCAAUGUGGAUCAACCCUACCUAAAGCUUUAAAUAUGUGAUUGAUUUUAUUUUAAUGCACAAAUAAAUUAACCGGUCUGGUGGAUUAAAUACAUUAAAAUUAUAUUAUC